UUUCCUUAAUAUUCAGUGUUCGUUCGAGAUUUGUCGGAGAAAAUUUCGGUAAUAAUGUUGAAAUUUGUGGGAAUUAUUUAAGUAAAGGAAAGGUCACAAUUUGAAGAAAAUGGAAUCUUCCAAAAUAGAUAUUUGCUCGUUUCUUGGGAUUUGAAUUGCUCUAUCAAGAUUCUGUUGAAGUUCCAAUCUCUCUGUAAAUAAUAUGUCCGGAGCUGAGAAAAGGGACAACGGAGAAGAGAUCCCUAGAGAUCUGCUGCAGAGGUUCAUGUCCAAGAAACAGAAGUCGUCGGUUGAAGCCGGAGAGGUAGAGAUUGAGCUGGACUUAGGGCUUUCUCUCAACGGUAGAUUCGGUGUGGACCCACUUGCGAAGACAAGGCUGCUCACACGAUCAUCUUCUAUUCCUGAUCUUGUGGUCAACGGUGGUAGAACGGAGUUGAGUAGGACUUGCUCGUUGCCUGUGGAGACGGAGGAGUGGAGGAAGAGGAAGGAGUUGCAGAGCUUGAGGAGGCUUGAGGCUAAGAGAAAGAGGUUAGAGAAGCAGAGAAACGUGAGAGUACUUAGGGAGAAACACAAAGCUGGUGGAGGAGGAGGAGAAGAAGGAUCUAUUGGAUCUUCCGGAAGUGGUUCCUCUGGUUUGUCCGAACUCGACACCUCCCCUUCUCCUCCUGUUCAAGCAACAACAAAAGCAUCCAUAGAAAGAAGCCCAUCAAGUACUCAACCUCUGCCCGAGAAUCAAGCAGCACGUAACAUGAUAGACGACAUGCCAUGCGUGUCAACAACAGGCGAUGGACCCAACGGGAGAAAGAUAGAUGGGUUUCUGUAUCGGUACAGGAAAGGCGAUGAGGUGAGGAUUGUGUGUGUGUGCCACGGAAGCUUCCUAACGCCUGCUGAGUUCGUUAAGCAUGCAGGUGGCCGAGACGUGGCGCAUCCCUUAAAGCACAUUGUUGUAAAUCCAUCUCCCUUCUUGUGACCAUUAUGGUCUCUUUGGGAUAGUGUCUUAUUACCAUAUUGUUGUAUCGAUUCGGAACAAAUGUUAUAAAAUAUUUCGAAGUGUAUAAACAGAAAGUUUAUCCAACUCCCAUUUCAGAUUUUAUACGUAAAGGAAAUACUCUAAUUCGUUCU